CCCCAAAGAUCAGCCUUCUACCAUCCAACAUUUCAGCUCUUCUUGUGCCUGAUCUCCAAGCUCGUUCUGCGCUAAGAAAAAACAAAUGUAGUUUUUUGCCGGAUAGAGAAAUAAGAACUUGUAAUGUGACUCAGAUGAUGGAUACAAGGUGGAACGUUGAUCCACUUGUUGAUUGAAUAGGACUCGCGGUUAGCUGACUAACAUUAGCACAUUCACACCAGGAUUGGACAUCUAUAACCUUCACUAUGCGCACAGUGAAAAAACUAUAUGACUAAUCUGUAUUUAGGGUUUAAAUCCGAAAGGUUGUGUACUUAUUAACCAGUCAUCAUGGUUGUUUAAAUUACUUCGAGGAAUUGUUCAUGUUCGAUGGCGAGAGAACUUGUGCCGAAUCCUCUGGCUAAUGCUAACAUAAUGAACCGAGUCGGACAACUAUAAACAGAAACAAGUUUAACAUUUCUAAACACCGUGUUUUCUUCUAACAAUAUAAACAGAAGUAUAGACGUUUGGUUUGUUUUGGGAAAUUAAACCGCACCUUCUGUAAUAUUGUUGUUAAAUGAUGGACAGAGCCUCGUCCAGAGGAGGAAGCGAGGCAACAAAGUAUCCAAGGAGACAUUCAUGUAUCAGCUAGAGAGCAUGAUGGGCUGUGGCACUACCUGUUGCAUUUUAUAUUAUCGUUGACUUACAUUAACUGCUGAUGGUGAUGUGGAAAACUAUGUAGGAUUUUGAGACGCAUUUAAUCAAUCAGUUUUUAAGCACAGAAACCUACAGUAUUCUGUUGUUUGAGAGACUUUGUGUGAAAUGGACACGAUCAACCAAUACCCUCUGGACCCUGGGUUUCCUGAAGGAGAUCAAAGAAGCAUUUACACUUCGGACAGAACUGGGAGUUUUGAUGAACAUCCUGGGAAUGGUGACGGAUGGAAACUGGUGGACGCGAUCCUCUCUGGGGGAGCACCUUGGGGGUUUACUAUCCGAGGUGGACUGGAGCACGGAGGACCUCUUCUUAUAACUAAGGUAGACGAGGGCGGUAAGGCCGCGGUGGCACGACUGCAGGCUGGGGACGAACUGGUCAAAAUCAACAACUUUCCUCUGACAGGCUACAGACAAGAAGCCAUCUGUCUGGUCAAGGGAUCCCACAAGUCUCUCAGCCUGGUGGUGAAAAGAAUUCGCUUUUCAAGGACUACAGAGAGCGGCUGGAUUGGACUACAGCUCUCUACUUCCCGGAAUAUGAAAAUGGUGGAUAUAGUAGCACAGAAAAUGCCAUCAGAGAGCGACGUGCAUAUGGCCCGGAGCUUUCUCACGAAGAUUUUACGAAGUUCCAUGAGAAAGAACCACUUUAAAGGGAGAAAUGAACCCAUGAGCAGACCGCACUCCUGGCAUGCCACCAAGUGUAACGAAAAUCAUUCCGAAGUCAAAACACAGUCCACACCCUCGCCUGUCUGGCAAACAAGAUAUGAUGCAAGUUCAUUUUCUUCUGAUCUGUCUACCGGCUGGGAGCAAACAAAUCUACGGAGAGUCUCUGAUCAGUUCAGUUCCUUGGGCAGUAUGGAUAGCCUAGAGCAAAGCUCUCAUCCCUAUCCACCUGGCCGCCUUUCUCCGAGCAAGUCCAAUAAUAACAGCAUUGAACAUUUAGGCGGUGGUAAAAGAGAUUCUGCGUACAGUUCCUUUUCUACAAGCUCAGGGACCCCUGAUUACACACUUUCCAAAAGCAAUACUGCAUCCACUGAGAACAUGCUGUACAAAAUUAAUCAGUUGGACUCAACUGGCCGCCACAGCAAUGGCAGGCACAGUCAAAGCUUAAGCCAUGAUGAGAAGCUGGUAUACGUGCAGCUUCCCUCAGGUCCAGCUAACCACGAGAUCCCAAGAGUCGAAGAACAACCGGGAACUCGAAAUUCAAGCUCUGGAAGGAUUCUCAUUGGGCCUGUCUGGAAUGUUCCAGAUAUAAAGAAAACCGUGGUAUCGUCCACACCGCCUCCCACUCCACCUACCCGCAGUGACAGUUUUGCAGCUACCAAAGUUCAUGAGAGAAGUUUGAUCACAGGCACCUCUGAAUUAAAGUCUCAGGUGAAAGGAUUGCAAAAGACAUCAGAGACCCACGAAAGAUCUCUUGAGACUGGUCUGGAGGGGCGACGUGAUUGUAAUCUGCCGUCCAAAAACAAUUCCUUAAAUUCCUGCAUUUCAUCUGAUACCCAUCAUCCAUACGUCCACCGCAUGGCCCCAGACAAGCCAUACUCCUUGUCGACCACAGACGUCAGAGAGAGACAUCCAACCCACGCCAAUGUUCCAAACCAUCCACGGCAGUACAGUGACGAGGUCACCUUUCAUGCUCAAACUAGGACGGUGUCUGCGCCGCAGGCUCCAUUCAACGGCUACUAUAGCAGUAUGCAGGAACUGCCCACAAACAACCACACACAGCUUAACAGCCAGAAUCAGGUUAGAAGGCCAGCUGCUUCACAGUCUGGUCUUGCGAUCGAUCCUGAAGGAAGUACUCCGAGCCGUUAUUAUGGAGUCACAUCCCACCAAACCCCUCCGGGAAGGUCCCAGGCUUCUUUAGUGAGAAUUGAUGACUCUAAAGCUUCAUUGGUCUCAGAACUGUCACACGGUGGAAGGGACAGAAUAUCCGUAGGUUCUCAAGGAGGAAUAAAGGACCGGUAUUACCCACCUCAGCCACAGCAUCAUGAUCCAGAUUAUAAUGCCUUCUCCAAAAAAACUGACAACCACCUAAUUUCGGCAUCCACUAAUCCCUUGAAUAUGUCUGAUUCAACAACCACCAAACCUUCUGAGGUGAGGGUUGACCAAAAGCAACACCAUGUGUCUUACUUAGAUACACAUUUUGUUAGUCAUCCUCCGAGUAAGCAACCUGAGCAGAGAAGAAGUGUUGGCCUUCCCAAAGAGUUCUCACAACAGCCCUUGCCAACUGAAAGCGAUUCAAAGAUAUGUCCCCAGAAAACACCUAUGUUGUACUCUCUCGCCCAAGAGCACAAUGAUAUGGAUGACUAUCAAAAGGAGAUGAAAAGUGUAAUUGCACAACAGGAAGCAUUUGACGGAAGCAAACAGGCACGACGAAGUGACCGCUUUGCUACCACGCUCCGCAGUGAAAUCCAGAUGAGGAGGGCUCAACUUCAAAAGAGCCAAAGCGCUGCUACUUUAGGCAAUCCAGAUGAAGCUGCAGAAGAGACUGCACUCUGGAAGUCCUCCGGGAAAUCUUCUCCUUCCUCAUCUGGCACUUUUUCUAGCUCUUAUAAAGACCAUCUUAAAGAAGCCCAGGCCAGAGUACUUCAGGCUACGUCAUUCAGGAGAAAAGACUUGGAACCGGUCCUGAUCGAGCAUCCAAUUGGCGAGGUUGCCUCCCGGAAAGACGUACCACCUGUUUCGGAGGUUCCACCUGGUAAACCAGCCUCAGGGAGUAGUCAAGUGUUUCGCAUCGGUGGACGAAAGCGCUUCUCUACAGAGCAGAAGGUUCGGUCUGUUUCUGAGCCAGAUAAAAUUCACGAAGUGGGAGCGGAGGAGCACUCACCUGCAUCCGACAAUGCCGCACCCUUAGAGAAUCGCCGUAAAUUCUUUGAGCCAACAGCAAAACCGGCCUUUCCUAAACCCAUGCCAAAGAACAACCUGCAGACGUGUGAAGACACCAGAGUGUCCAAACCUGGAGGCGUGCCACACCCUGCGAAGAGUGACAUGGGUGUGCGGAGUAACACUGAGAGCUCAACCCCCGUUGCACAAAACCUCAUUGAAGGUCAGGACGGUUCUCGCACAGUAAACCAACUGGCCAUGCUGAAGCAGCAGAGACUUGGCACUUUUGCAGAGUAUGAGGCCAAAUGGAACGGCCAGAAGAAGACGACAGAACCAAGGCAAUCUGCAAGAUACCACUCCACAGAUAACAUCAUUGACACAGGAAUUGAGGAGAAAAGAAAGCCCACCUGUGUGCAUGAAAGAUCUAGAUCCUCCCCUUCUGCUGACUUCUAUGGACAGAAGCUUCCACUUCAAGAUAAGAAAUCAGAUGUGGAUUCCAAACCAGAAAGAAAUCUCUCCAACCAAGAUAUGAAUGAUUCCUGUCAAAAUUUCUUUCCGUGCUUUUCUGUGGUACACAGCUGUUGGUUUUAUUCCCCUGAAAGAUUAAACAUAAAAGAACACCGUGAACUCGUAUGCAAGGCAAAACCAGAACCUCCUGCUUUGACUAAAGACCUGGAGAUAAAGUCUUCAGAUCCUCCACCCAGUCAACAUAAACCUGCCCCACCGUUUUCUGACGUCAGCCCUCGCAGUGAACCUUCAGCCCUCUCCAUAAACAAGAGCUCUGUUCUCUUGCCCCAUCUGGAGAAGUACAAAUGCCCUGAGGGCACACCUCCUCCCCUUGGCAAAUUUCAGGAGGUCCACCCAGGAUCACAAGGAGGAGUCUUGGCUUCACUCUCUCCUGUCAACAGUCAAUGCUCCACCCCUGCACAAGUUCCCCGGAAGAGCUUGGAGCACAGCAAAGGGCCAGUCAGGGAGGAGGAACUACAACAAGAGCUUGUGCCUCCUCCCUUUCCACCUCCACCCCCUCCCGUUGCCCCGCCCACCCAACAAAGCACUGGCCCGACCCAGCCCACCAUGGAGGGGCAGCGUUCACCCUCGCCCCAGUUCGGUCCCCAGAGGCUGACCGACAAGCCCCCUGUUUCUGUCUCCAUACAGGAUGAAACUCCUGGAAGGAUGGAUAGGGUUAAAGAUGAGACCACAUCAGUGAAAAAAGUGCCCAUUAAGAUCGUCCACUCAGAGAGCAACACUGAAAAAGAGAGUCGACAGUACCUCGACCUGCACAGCGAGAACUCUCUCACCUCCCAAGCACCUGGAGUAACUCAUCUUCAGAGUUUAGGAAACCCAGAUCAGUCUUAUUCCCUUUUCUGUACUUACACAAGGCAAAAGGACCAGGGGCCUGAAUCGAGAGACGAAGCCAUGGGUCCUCUUAAAGACCAGGAUCCGCAAACCAACGUGAACCCCGUUCCUCACGCAAUACAUGGUCUUCAGAUCGACUCAUCGGUGGAUCACAACAGCAAUGGAGUAUCACCACAAACUUCUCCCUCUGAGGAUGAUGAUGGCAAGAGGGAGGAACUGGUUCGAGAUAUCAUGGGCAAAGAUAAGACCCUGGUGGACAUUUUAGACCAGAGUAAGAUGAGGACCACUAUGGAUCUGAUGGAGGGGAUUUUCCCUCAGGAAGAGCAGCUGCUUGAGGAGGCACAACAGCGCCGGAAAGCAGCACCUAAACCACUGGUCCAUCGCAACUCGGUGGAGAAGAAGGAGGACGAGACCCUGGUGGCAGCCACAGCUUUAGUGACUAAUUCCACCUACUACAGUACAUCUGUGCCCAAAGCAGAGCUGCUGAUUAAGAUGAAGGACAUGCAGGAACAGAGCGUGGAACACGUCUCAGAAGAUGAACUUGAGGAGGACAAUGAAAAUCUCUCCGGCAAGAAGCAUGAGUUGAUUGACAGCCUGACCAAGAAGUUGCAGGUGCUAAGGGAUGCCCAAGAGAGUCUACAGGAGGACGUUCAGGACAACAAUGCUCUUGGGGAGGAAGUGGAGGUCGUCGUGCAGGGCGUCUGCAAGCCGAAUGAGCUCGAUAAGUUCAGAAUGUUUGUUGGCGACCUUGAUAAAGUGGUCAACCUUCUGCUGUCUCUAUCUGGACGUCUGGCGAGAGUGGAAAAUGCGCUCAACAGCCUGGAGGAAGAUGCUUCGCUGGAGGAGAGGCGUACGCUGACAGAAAAGCGCAAACUAUUGAUCCGUCAACACGAAGAUGCCAAGGAACUGAAGGAGAACCUCGACAGGAGAGAGGGUGUGGUGUAUGAGAUCCUGGCAAGCUACCUGUCGGAGGAGAGGAUGGCUGACUACGAGCACUUUGUGAAGAUGAAAUCAGCCCUCAUCAUUGAGCAGCGAAAGCUGGAGGACAAGAUCAAACUGGGCGAAGAGCAGCUCAAGUGUCUUAUGGACAGUCUCCCAAUAGACCAGAGGAUUAUGAUCUGAGGAUUUUCAUUCAGUGGUCCAAAGCAACUCGCCUGACACGCCCUAAAUAAAAGGGUUCCAGAACGCUACUUUCUGCAAAUGGAAUUUCAGUACAUUGUGGUCAGAUAUUAGCUGCUCCCCUCUACCACAAGAACUGAUACUAUUUUGGCAAGACUCGAGAAGUUUUUAAGACCCUGACAGUGCUGGGCACUUUCAGGUUAUGAUUUACACACCACACUGUGGUUGUUAUCCCUUUUAAAUCGGUAUCAUCUGAUGCUUCUCUCGAUGUUACACGACCCAUAGAAUCAUAUGGUGAAUAAUAAUUAUGCUUUUCUGAACUGAUUAAAAUAUACUUCAGAAUUAUGUUUGCACAGUGCACUUAAUGUGCUAUUUGAACUUAAACUUGCUUAGGUUAUCAACUCUGAAUAGGCCAUGGUCAAUCACUGUGCUGUUGCUUUUUUAACCACUAGAGGGCAAUGAAGGACACAAACUUAAACGUGUCUGUCCCUGAACCUCCAACACAAACUUUUUUGUGAUCAGGGCAACCUCUACAAAAGCAUUUCCGUUCCAGUUGCAUUAAUUCUUCACCCACAUAUAUGCUGUGAUGCCAGGAGGUUUUAAUCGACUUCCAAAAAGGACUUUCUGGCGGUGCAUUAUUUCCAACGGCUUGCACCGGUGUCCUGGUCGUGUUAAUUCAAUGUUAUUUUUAGUAAUUUAUUUUAGCUUUUUGAAUUUUUGUAUAUAACUAGAAUAGGCUAGUAUUGUACGGCUUCGCUACGUUAGUCAGACAAACUACGACUUAAGUCUUCACACUUUGUAUAGACAUGUAUCGCUCUAAAUGCAUUAUAACGUCAGAAUUAGGAUUGCUUGUAAGUAUUCUUGUGUCUAAAGAUUCUGAGAGACUUGCCUAAACUAUAUAAUGUUGUUAUACUAUAUAAUAAUUUCAUUAAGGAUUCAGUGCUUGUCUAUAAAUACCAACUGCCUUUUA